CAUUGGCAAUCACUUGUGAACAUACUUUUUAAUUGAAGCUGAAAAAGGCUGCCACAGUUGUCACAUCUGCUCGCAUAAUAUAUUCCACCAAAUGGAAGUUAAAAAGUUGAAAUAUGUGUGUUGCAUGCAUGUAUGUAUGUAUGAGAUAAAUAAUUUAACUACUAGAAAGAGACUUUUCUGAAAUUAACUUUAAUGAAGAGUUACAUGUCCUUUUAAAGGUUUGAUUAACCAAGAAACAUAUUUAGCAUCUUCUAAAAAAAUGAUUCUUGAAUCCCAAUCACCAUUACAACUUCCUAUUUUGGAUAUCUCCCAACCAUCAAAUUCAUCUACUCUAUCUUCUCUUGCUGCUGCCAGCAAAGAAUGGGGCUUCUUUCAUGUUAUCAAUCAUGGAAUCUCCAAUGAUCUUUACAGAAAAAUUAAUUGCCUCUCCAAACACCUCUUCAACCUCCCUUCUGAGACCAAACUAAAAGCAGGUCCUUACUCGUCUUUGAAAACUUAUACUCCUCAUUUCAUUGCAUCUCCAUUCUUUGAAAGCCUUAAAGUGUCUGGACCAGACUUCUCUGACUCUGCUAAGGGUUCUGCGGAUACCCUUGCUGGUGAAGGGAAUUCAGAAUUCAGUGAAAUACUGCAAGAAUAUGGAGGCAAAAUGACAGAGUUAGCGAAAGUCAUCCAGAAAACUGUCUUGAUGAGCUUGGGAGAAGAACUUGGAAUGAAGUAUUAUGUCUCAGAAUUUGGUAAUUGCCAUGGAUACUUGAGGAUAAAUAACUACUCGCCCCCGGAUAGUUUUGAACAGGAAGUUGAAGGCCUUGGUAUGCACACUGAUAUGAGCUGCAUAACAAUUGUCUAUCAAGAUGAAUUAGGUGGCCUCCAAGUAAAAUCAAAGGAUGGGAAGUGGGUGGAUAUUUUGCCAUGUGAAGGAACUCUUGUGGUAAAUAUUGGUGACAUGCUGCAAGCUUGGAGCAAUGACAAACUAAGAUCCUCUGAGCACCGUGUUAUUCUGAAGAAGCCGGUGAACCGCUUUUCUUUAGUUUUCUUUUGGUGCUUUGAGGAUGAGAAGGUGAUCUUGGCACCUGAUGAAGUAGUUGGUGAAGAAAAUUCAAGAAUCUACAAGUCAUUUGUUUGCUCUGACUAUUUAAACUUUAGAUUGACCAAUGAGAAUGGUAAAUUCGAGAAAGUUGGUUUUACAGUUAAGGAUUUUGUUGGGAUUGGAUCCAAGUUAAAGUAGAAGCAUGGUUAUCAUUCUUUGAGUAGUUAGUUUAUAAGCUUGUACAUCUCCUCAUGUUCCAUCAUUGCAACAUAGGUAUAUAGGAGUUCUG